CUUUGAUCAGCAGACGCGCCAAUUGUCUGAGUUGGAGAUAGACUUCGCCACUCGUCCCCUCUCCUUCCUACCCUGCUGAACUCCGUUUUGUAGCUCAUUCCUGCUGAAGCGUCCCUUCGGAGCUCAAUUUGGGCGAACCGGAGCAGAGAGCUUUCACUUUACAUAAUUGAAACUCUGCUGCUUAGAAUUAUGGCAGGAUCAGGAUUUAAUUAUGAUGAUUUAGUUCGAGAAGCUAAAAAUAGGUGGCUGAAACCAGCUGAAGUGCUAUCCAUACUACAGAAUCAUGAGAACCUCCAGAUCACCCGUGUGACGCCUGAAAAACCUCCGAGUGGGUCUUUGCUCCUUUUCAACAAGAGAGUACUUAGAUAUUUCCGUAACGAUGGUCAUAAGUGGCAAAGGAAGAAAGACGGGAGAUCCGGAGGAGAAGGCCAUGAAAGGCUCAAGGUAGGAAAUGUCGAAGCUCUGAAUUGUUAUUAUGCACGUGGAGAGCACAAUCCAAAAUUUCAAAGGCGCUGCUUUUGGAUGUUAGAUCCGGUAUACGAGCAUAUUGUUUUGGUUCACUACAGAGAUACAAAUCAGGGAAAACAGAAUGCUCAAUCCGUACCACAACAUUCUCCAGCAUCUUUUACAUUCAAUCAGAGUCCCAACCCACACUCUAUUCAGCUUGCAAGUCCUAUAACUGCCAUGUGUAAAUCUUACGAACCAUCCUCUACCUCUGUAUCAAUGGAGAAUUGCUUCUUUGUUGACACUAAUAGCUACGGGAUAAAUCAGUCAAGUGACACAGUGGAAGAGGAUAGUAGCUCAUCGGUGCUUGAAAUUAGUCACACAUUGAGAAGGUCUGACGUGCAGUUAAGUAUGAAAGAUGACAGCAUGAAUAACAAUGAGCCCCUCUACAACCAUAUAGAAUACUCAGCUGGCAUCGGCAAUAUUCAAGAUGAUUAUAGCUUACUUGAUGAGAUGACGAAUGAUUCAAACAUUGGUCUGUUGCAUAGACAUUCAGGGGACCUAUCUGAUAAUCUGUGUACCCGACAAUCCCGACAUGAAGUUAAUCGAAGGAAAGACAUGAUUGCUGCUUAUGGAAGUUCUGUGGAUGGAGAAUGUAUCUGUAAGGACGAUAUGAUCACUCCGCUUUUAAGGGAUCCACUUGAAAUGCCCGAAAGCAUCACAUGGCAAGCUUUUCGCGGAGAAGAGGACCAGAACUGUUCCAUAGGAAUUCCUCAACAAGUUGAAGAUUUCAGAUAUCCUACAUAUUCGCCAGCAAUAAAUAUUCAUGUAACUAAACCUGAAAGUUUUGGGACAUCGUUUGACCAAAAUCAGCAUGGAGCUUAUUUUGGAGAUAACACAUGCUUAAAUGCUUCCCAAACGCAGAAAUUUAGAAUUACUGCUGUAUCUCCUGAGUGGGGAUACACCGAUGAGACUACAAAGGUUAUCAUUACGGGAUCUUUUUCUUGUGAUCCAUCAGUGUGUGAAUGCAUGUGUAUGUUUGGGAACACUGAAGUUCCUGUCCAGAUCAUUCAAGAUGGCGUCUUCUGUUGCCUUGCUCCCCCACACCUGCCGGGCAAAGUAGCUAUAUGCAUAACCAUGGGUGACCGAGAAUCACACAGUGAGGUCAAGGAUUUUGAGUACAGAGUCAAGCACACUGGUAGUGCCACUGAAAGCUCUGUACCCGAAACACAGUCCACUAGCAAGAGCACUGAAGAAUUAUUGUUGCUUGUCAGAUUUGCAAAGAUGCUUCUGUGUAGUAAGUCAACAAGGUGCAAUGUAGGCAUUCCCGAAUCACGAAAUGACAGUUCGGAAAAAGCCAAAGCAAGUGAAGAUUUAUGGACUGAAGUGAUAGAGGGCAUUUUAGUGGGAAAUUUGACAUCAAACCUCACAAUUGAUUGGCUUCUCGAGGAACUAUUGAAAGACAGCUUGCAUCAUUGGCUUUAUUCCAAAUUGCAAGGAAAAACUAAACUCUUGGAUUCCGACUGUGUCUUGUCCAGGAGUGAACAAGGGGUAAUACACAUGGUUGCUGGGUUGGGAUUUGAGUGGGCAUUACGCCCUCUUUUAGAUGCCGGAGUAGCAGUUGAUUUCCGUGGCAUAAAUGGUUCAACUGCUCUGCAUUGGGCUGCACGUUUUGGGAGAGAAAAAGUGGUUGCUGCACUCAUAGCAUCUGGUGCUUCAGCUGGAGCAGUAACUGAUCCCACAAAAAUCGAUCCUAUUGGUCAGAGUCCGGCAUCAGUUGCUGCUUCAUACGGGCACAAGGGGCUCGCAGGUUAUCUUUCAGAAGUGUCACUCACCACUCAUCUCUCAUCCCUUACAUUGGAAGAAAGCAAACUAUCAAAAGAAGAUGCCAAGGUAGUAUUGGAAGCAGAAAGAGCGUUUGGUUUUCAAUAUGAAACUGAUGGCACGAUAAAUGAUGAUCAGAUUGAUCUCAAGGAUACACUAGCUGCAGCUAGGAAUGCUACUCUAGCUGCUGUACGUAUACAAGCUGCCUUUCGUGCACGUUCUUUCAGAAAGAGACAACAGAGAGAAGCUGCUGCUGCUGCUGCUGGUGGAGGUGGAGAUGAAUUAGUUAACCUCUCCAACAACAUUCGUGGUCUUUCAGCUUCAUCCGCUCAGCUAAAGUUUCGUACCCCUCGCAAUUACACCUCUGCAGCUUUAACUAUUCAGAAGAAAUACCGAGGGUGGAAAGCGCGGAAGGAUUUCCUUGCAUUCCGUCAGAAAGUAGUAAAGAUACAGGCCCAUGUACGAGGCUAUCAGGCUAGAAAGGAACUCAAGGUAUGUUGGGCAACUGGGGUUCUAGAGAAGAUAGUACUCAGGUGGUUCCGGCAUAAAGAUGGCCUUCGUGGAUUCCACCUAGAGAUGAGUGAAAGUGAUGGUGAAGAGAUUCUCAAGGUGUUCCGCAGGCAGAAAGUGGAUGCGACAAUCGAUGAGGCACUAGCUAGAGUUAUCUCCAUGGUUGAAUGUCCAGAGGCACGGCAACAGUAUUGUCGCAUUCUUGAAAAAUAUCGGCAAGCUAAGCCUACACACUGACCCUACCAUCAAUCAAGGGCUGCCCAUCUGCGGUCGACUGGCGGUUGCGAACGUGCUACGCAUUCUGCCUGACUUUGGUAGUUUGGUGCCACACAGGAUUUCAAUCCGUAUCUCAAGUAUUUAACUGCUUUUAACAUUUUGGCAGGCUGAGUAUCAGACUUAGGGGACUGAGGCAAAAGAAUUGGCAUAUGUAUAUAGAAAGCCAUGCCAUGUCCCUGCUAUUAAUGUAGAAUUGGUUCAAAUGCGAGAGGGCACCUGCGGUUUAUAACUCAUGCAAAUAGUGGUAACUCAUAAGCUUUCAACUUUCAAGCAUCAACUUUUUCAUUUUCUUGUAAUUUGUAGAUUGAUAAUAUGCAACAAGCUUGUAAAUUCGAUAUUAGGCUAUUAGCUUUUUUAAGAAAGCUUUCCAGCAAGCCUCAUUUGUUCAAGGAAGAGAAAAGAGUCGAAUAAGGUCUUCUACUAUUAUGAAAUAGUCACAUAAGACCAUGUACUCAAUAAAGUGUCAUAUAAGUACAUCUACUUCUAAAAAGCAAUCAAAUGAGUCGUAAUGACCUAUUUAACACCUCUUAAUCCCGGUUUCAACGUACUUCUGACCAUCUUUUUUGAAUACAUUAUACGACAUAUGUCGAAUAUUUAACUAAGAUUGUUGAAAUACAAGUCAAAAAAAUCAACAUGUAAGCUAAAAUCUGGAUUAGGAGGUGUUAAAUAAGUCGUUAGGACUCAUUUGAUUGUUUUAUACAAGUAGAGAUACUUAUAUGACACUUUAUUGAGUACGUGGCCUUAUGCGACUAUUUCGUAAUAGUAGAAAGCCUUAUUUGACCCUUUUCUCUUCAAGGAAUAAAUAAGCUCAAGCUUAUUUAAUAAGCUUCAUGGAGUAGCUUUGCAAGUACUGUAAUUACUUCCUUUGUAUCAUGUAAUUAUUUUACAAAGUUCAUCAUUAAUCGUAUUUUUACUUUAAAAUUAUGUUAAACAUAUCUUUUUAUAUCAUUUUAUGUUUUGAGACUA